AUGAAUCGGAACUCGCCGCAACAAGUGGCAAGUUUACAAAAAACUGUUGAAAAUGUGCGAAAUAUUUGUAUUUUGGCACACGUGGACCAUGGGAAAACGACAUUAGCUGACUCCUUGGUUGCCAGUAAUGGUAUUAUUUCUCAAAGAAUGGCUGGUAAAAUGAGAUAUAUGGACAGCCGGGAUGAUGAGCAAGCCCGUGGUAUAACUAUGAAAUCUAGCGCCAUAUCUUUGUUGUUUUCACAAAAUUCCACUCAACAUCUGGUUAAUUUGAUAGACUCACCUGGCCAUGUUGAUUUCUCUAAUGAAGUUUCCACUGCAGUAAGACUGUGUGAUGGUGCCCUGUUGAUUGUUGACGUUGUUGAAGGAGUGUGUCCACAAACUCAUGCUGUGCUGCGGCAAGCCUAUUUAGCUAAUGUCAAACCUAUUUUGAUUCUCAACAAAAUUGACCGACUGAUCAUUGAGCUCAAGUUAUCUCCCAUGGAAGCGUACAUGGUUCUUCAACAGAUUUUAGUGCAAGUGAAUUUAUUGACCAAUGAACUGUACACGUCCGAAGCCAUGGAGGUCAAAGAUGAUUGGACAACGCAUGAAGAUGAAGAAAGCGGCGAAGAUCGUAAUAUUUUUUUCUCACCAGAUCGUGGAAAUGUUUUAUUUGUCAGUGCCCUGGACGGCUGGGGAUUUACAAUUUCUCAUUUUGCAGAACUUUACAGUGAGAAGUUAGGUUUUAACAAAAAUGUACUAGAGAAAACGUUAUGGGGAGACUUUUAUGUGAACAUGAAGGCAAAGACAAUAUCAAAAGGGGCUCAAUCAAAAGGAAAGAAGCCUCUAUUUGUUCAGUUAAUCUUAGACAAUAUCUGGUCUUUGUAUGAGGCAAUUUAUUUCAAAAAGGACAAAGAAAUGAUAGAAAAAAUUCAGAAAACAUUGUCGUUGAAAAUAUCUGCCCGUGAUAUGAGACAUAAUGAUGCUCGGAUUUUGUUACAGGCUCACACUUCACAAUGGCUGCCCGUAUCACAAGCUGUUCUGUCUUCAGUCUGUAGCAUGUUGCCCUCCCCUCUCAAAAUAACCGAAGACACUGUUGAGAAAUUGAUGUGCGGAUUUGGGCGUCGGUUUUCAUCUCUACCCCCUCAAACCCAGGCAUUGAAAUCAAAUUUUCUAUCCUGUAGUUCAGCUGAUCAAGCUCCUGUCAUUGUUUUUGUAUCCAAAAUGUUUCCAGUUGAUAGAAAAAUAUUACCACAGAACAGACAAAGGGCGUUAACUCACGAAGAACUGAAACAACGUAGAGACAUGGCCAUUCAAAGACACACGGAACGUAUAUCUGGUUUGACACUGGCAGAGGAGAAUGGUGAACCAAUCACAUCUGACAUAGGCGAGGGUUCCAAUUCUGAAACCACAAAGGGUAACAAAUCUGGACAAGUUUUCAUAGCUUUUGCUAGAAUUUAUAGUGGAACUAUUAAAAGUGGUCAAAAACUGUUUGUGCUUGGUCCCAAACAUGAUCCGUCUCUAAACAUAGGUGAUGUUGACGUUAAAAAAACUUUGAAAGAUUUAUCAUCUGAUGAACACGUCACGUCAUUUGUGGUGAAUGAUUUAUAUUUAUUUAUGGGACGUGAGUUGGAAUUGAUGGAAGAAAUACCAGCUGGAAAUAUCCUUGGUAUCGGUGGACUCGAAGACCAUAUCUUAAAAUCAGCAACUGUCUCCUCAUCUGUAUAUUGCCCUUCUUUCUCAACCAUGAGUUUUGAAUCGAAGCCGAUAGUUCGCGUAGCCGUGGAGCCAGAUCAAGCCUCCAAUAUGCAGGCGGUGUCCGAGGGUCUCCGAUUGUUAAAUCAGGCUGAUCCUUGUGUUGAGGUCUGUGUACAGGAAACUGGCGAGCAUGUUAUUAUUACAGCAGGAGAGGUUCAUUUACAGCGAUGUAUUGAAGAUUUACAAGAUCGUUAUGCCAAGGUUGAAGUCUCGGUUUCUGAUCCAAUUGUUGCUUUUCGAGAAACUGUCAUACGACCGCCUAAGAUGGAUAUGGUCAAUGAAGCCAUAGCAACGCAAAAUCAACCAAUCAAAUCCCAGUCGUUAAAACAAUUUGAAGAUGACGAAGAAGUUAUCGGGGAAGGUCUCGUUGAAAUUUUGACACCAGAUAAAAACGUAGUUAUUCGACUGCGCUGUGUUCCGUUACCAACCUCUGUGACAGAUCUGCUUGUUGAAAAUCACGAUUUGCUCAAAGCUUUACACAAAUCUUUGAAACUUGAGGAAAACUCUAGUGAAACUGUGUUAAAUUCUCUGACUAUUCAAAGUUUAAAAGAUUUCAAAAAUAAUUUAGCAAAACAUUUUUCAGAGGAAAAUGAUUCUUGGAAGGAUGUUGUCAAUCAAAUUUGGAGUUUUGGUCCCAAAAAAACUGGACCCAAUAUUUUGUUAAGUCGAGUAGAUGGGUAUAAGAGGCCAUCAGUCUGGAGAUGUAUAGAGGAUUCAAAAAGUGACGUUGCAUUGCGUUAUUUGGACAAUAGUGUUAUUAAUGGUUUUCAAAUGGCUACGUUAGCUGGGCCGUUAUGUGAAGAACCGAUGCAUGGUGUUUGUUUUAUUGUAGAAAAAUGGGAAAAUGCUCAUACUCAGAAUGGUGAUGUUUCACUAGAAACUAAAAAAGAUGUUUAUGGUCCUCGUUCCGGACAAAUUAUGUCCAUAGUGAAAGAUGGUUGUCGUAAAGCUUUCCAGACACAAUCACAGCGACUUGUGGUGGCCAUGUUUAAAUGUGAAAUACAAGUGACUACGGAGGUGUUGGGCAAACUUUACGAAGUUUUAGGAAAACGAAACGGUCGAGUCCUGUCUGAAAAAAUGAAGGAAGGGACGCAACUCUUCAUAGUAGAAGCUGUCAUUCCAAUUGUUGAGAGUUUUGGUUUUGCAUUAGAUGUUCGAAAACGUACAAGUGGUCUGGCCACUCCCCAACUUCAAUUCAGUCACUGGGAAACGCUAGAUGUUGACCCAUUUUGGGUUCCCACUACUGAAGAAGAGUUGCUCCAUUUUGGUGAAAAGUCAGAUUUUCAAAAUCGUGCUCUAGUGUAUAUGAAUAAUGUUCGAAAACGAAAAGGUUUAAAAGUUGAAGAGAAAAUUGUAGAGCACGGUGAAAAACAGAGAACUUUGACUCGAAAUAAAUAG